UCCGAUCGAGUUUUUCGAGACAGUCGAGACGAGUACUUCUCUUUCAGAGAGAGAAUGAGUAAGAUUGCGGAAGUAGGACAGCUUAACUUCGGAGAAUGGCCCCCGAGGGGGGGAUCUCGCACUAUUGACUGCUUUGACAAAUUGGAGCACAUCGGUGAAGGAACUUACGGUCAGGUUUACAUGGCCAGAGAAAUCGAAUCUGGGGAAAUUGUUGCUCUUAAAAGGAUACGCAUGGAAAAUGAACUAGAGGGGUUUCCAAUGACCGCCAUCCGAGAAAUUAAGAUUCUUAAUAAGCUUAAUCAUGAAAAUGUUAUAAAGCUGAAAGAAAUUGUGACUUCUCCAGGUCGUGGGAGGGAUGAACAAAGGGGACUUGAUAAUAAGUACAAAGGUGGCAUCUACAUGGUGUUAGAAUACAUGGAUCAUGACUUGACGGGGCUUUCUAAACGUCCUGGAAUGAGAUUUACAGUGAGCCAGAUUAAGUGUUACAUGAAACAGCUGUUGACUGGUCUUCAUUAUUGUCAUAUCAAUCAAGUACUUCAUCGGGACAUCAAAGGUUCUAACCUUUUGAUAAAUAAUGAGGGAAAUUUGAAACUAGCAGAUUUCGGGCUUGCAAGAUUUCUUCCUUCUAAUAAUAGAGAAAGUCUUACUAAUUGUGUUAUUACUUUGUGGUAUAGGCCCCCAGAGUUGUUACUUGGAUCAACAAAAUAUGGUCCAGCUGUUGAUAUGUGGUCUGUUGGUUGUGUCUUUGCUGAGCUUUUGAAUGGGAAACCGAUCUUGCCUGGUGAAAACGAGACUGAGCAAUUGAACAAGAUAUUUGAUCUUUGCGGGUCACCGGAUGAAAAUAACUGGCCAGGGGUUUCCUUGAUUCCUUGGUACGAUAAUCUCAAGCCAACAAGACCCAUGAAGAGACGUGUUAGGGAGGUUUUCCAACAUUUUGACAGUCUUGCCCUUGAUUUACUGGAGAGAUUGCUGACGCUUGACCCAUCCCAGAGAAUAUGUGCCAUAGAUGCCCUUGACGCCGACUACUUCUGGACUGACCCUUUACCAUGUGAUCCCAAGAGCCUGCCUAAAUAUGAAUCAUCUCAUGAAUUCCAGACAAGGAAAAAGAGGCAGCAACAGCAUGAAGAAGCAGCAGCGAGGAGACAGAGGUUGCGGCAGCAGCAUACUCGACUGACUAACCAUCCCUACUACUAUGUCGAGCCUCGCGGUCCAGCAGGAGAUCAGACUGGGUAUCCUCCAAGUGGAAGUUCUGAAGUUGGUCCGUCGGAUUAUUCCCAAAGCGGAAGUUCUGGAGUUGGUCCGUCGGAUUAAUUCCUAAAGAAGGCAACAUGGCAAAUUUGCAGGCGGGAGGGGUCCUGGUAAUCGAAAUCAACAGUAUAAUUAACAGCAGUUAAGUAUGGAUUUAUUUUCAGAGUAGAAGUAGUUAAUAGAGGAAGUUGACAUGGAAGAAACUGCCCCAAUAUCUUUAGUUGGAGUUUUGCGAUGAUUAGUCAGUUUGUUUUUAGUAGAAAACAAAGAAUAGUUAUUCUGGUACUUAAAAUUCUAACAAAAGAAAGUGAAACUACUGUUUUUUAGGGAUCUAAAGGGCUUGGUGUAUAUGCUGCUGGAAACGUAAAUGCUCUGUUAGAUUUGCUUUGUGAGAGGAAAUAUGCAAAAGCUGUUUACUAAUUCUAGAGGAAGCCAAUAAG